UAUAAGUCAGUGCUGAAGGGAAUAAAGUCUGCAGUGAGGACAGAGGGGAAGCACAUAGACUGCGUUUGAGUGCAGCUUGUGAGGAUGCAGUGCCCCUGUGUGGUCAAAGUGGAUUAAAGCCCAGCUGUCAAACAAGUUAUUUUAAAGGUAUAGAUGAUCUCGGUGAUGUUGGAAUUAGAAAUCAGUCUAACGGGAGAAAAGCAUGUGAGGUUUAGUCUUUGGUAAUGGAGCACAGCUUGUGGCUUUAAAUGCUGCUGCAGCUGCUGCUGUUGUGGUUUCUGUUACUUUUGGGUGUGGUGCUUUGUAUUCGUCAAGAGGAACACCCAAGAGAGACGAGUUGCCACUGGAAAAGUUGCUUCACGUUUGCUGAAUAAUCAUUAUUUGCGUAAUGGGAGUGGGAAUCAUGGUUUCUUUUACUGUGUUUACACUUCUUAGCGACCACAUGUGCACGGUGUAGUUCAGCAUUGAGCACUUAAACCCUCCUCUUCUUGUUGCAUGUGAUGGGAUGGAAAGUGUUGCUUCAGGCUAUACAACACGACACAAAGGAACCUUUUUUCUUUUGUUUUACACUGCCCAGAUGUCUGCAUGUUCAUGUCUCCUUCUGUAUCCUGAUAAACUGAAAGGAAGUCUGCAUUUCUCUGACAAGGCUCAACUCCCGUUGUCAGCAACAGGCAGUGCUGCAACAGUGAUAGUUUAGUGAAGACAAAAAAAAAACAAGAUGUUUUUACUUUAUAAGGACGGAGAGGAUGAACGUCAGGUCAUAUCCUCGCUGCAUUAUCUCAGGGUGAAGAGUAUUUACUCUGAAAAUACAAAAUAGUACUAAGAUACAGGAUGGAUGCUGAUAAUAGUAAGUCAUCUGUUUAUUGUUGCUAUUUGGCUUUUUUUACUCACUUCAUAUAUUCAUUUGUUGCUACUUUUACAUAACUAUCAAAAAGAGAUGAAGGAUUGAGUACAUCAUGCAUUAAUUAAUGUAUUAAACAUCCAAAAAUGGUACAAAUUAUACCAACAUUAUUAUAAAUAUGUUCAAAUAUAUGUUUUUACUGUUGUUUGUACUGUUGGGAAGAAUUUAGCAUCUUCAGGCAAAUACUUUACAAAUAAUAAAACCAUCCAAUCGAAGGUACAUUGUAUCAUUAUACUAGUAGCCAUUUUCCAGGAGAUUCACUGAUAUUUAAAAUUUAGAAGAGUAAAGUUAUUUCAGGAAAGGAAAGAAGCUAUUUGCUGUUUCAAGCUAUUAUGUAACUAAAUUGUCAAAUAAAUUAUAAAAUAUUAGAGCUGAUAUAGUGAUGACUGAUAUUAGCUUAUUAAUAUGGCCUGCUGCUGCAUAUCGACCGAUAUCGUAACAUUCGGUACAGAAAUGCUGAAGAUACAUUUGACGUAUCGUCAUUUUACAGUUUCUUUAUCAGAGAGCCCUGAAGUUCCACUCAGUAAGUAGUUUGGUCAUAAUUCUUAAAACCUGUGUUUAAUAACAUUUAAAAGACUCUCAUUGGAAAUGUUUAUGUAUGUUAUGUGUUUACUAAACCCUCAAACAUCAAUAUCUGUGUCUAAUAAUUAUUCUAAUAAUGACUCCCUCUAUUUUUUGACAAAAGAAUAGUAGAAAACCAGUAGAAAUACAAUAUGGAGAAAAGUACAUAAGAAAUACUAAUACGUAAACACGAGGUGUAAAAAGAGCUAAUAUAUCUGCUGAAGGCGACCUGUGGAACAAACUGAGUGACUCUUCUUCUCCUGGCUGCUGUUACUCACUGCUGCCUGUGUUGGUGUAAAUAACCGGGGCUAUAUUUAAGGUCCGGCCUGUCUUGUCCAUACUGCUGCAUUAUUUAUAUCUUCCCCCUGUGCCACGGUGAACCCCCGCCCAACCCUCCCCUCGGGAGGACGAGGUCGAUUUCAAUCUGCUUUACGCUGUUGCUUAUGUUGCAGACUGAUUACGCUGAGAACAUUUUUAUCUCUAAAGCAAAAACACAGCUGAUAAGAUGCUGCUGCUGUUCUCUUGCGUCCUUUCCCAUAACGGUUUGUAAGAACCACCGGCAUUAACUUGUGCAAUGAAGCCAGCAUUAGAUAGUUGUUCUUGACUGCAGCCUUUGAUUUGUAUUGAAUUAGUGUAAUUCUGUUAAAAGGAAUACAGCCGUUGCCUGAUUGAUUAUCCGCUGCAGCAAAACAUAUUAAAGGCUCCAUACACAUGCUCAGAAAUAACAACCCCAUUCUCUUGUAUUAGUGUUAAAUUACUAGACUACAAUUUAGUUAGUUAGAACAAUAGAACAACAACAACCUGAACAGGUGUCCUUUUUACACCACGCCGCAUGCAUUUAUAUUGAGAAAUGAAAGGAUACAGUGAACUUCGUCCUGUGUCCACUGCUAAACAGCCCAGAGGUUACCAGUGUUGAGUUGAUUUUGUGUGUUUAUGUCCAGUGUGGAUCUUCCUGUCCCAAACACACACACACACACACACACACACACACACACACACACACACUCACCCCUCAGUGUCUCCUGUAACUGGACCGCAGACGUGGGGUGGAGGGUUGUGACAGAAAUAAACACGUGAUGACGCCCAUGCCACUGCUCAGUCCCACUGACUACGAUUCACACACACUCACGCACAUAUAUACAUACACUCCUGCAUAUUCGACCAAAGCUCGCUGCCAUCGUAGGAAACCCUGCGGCUUAUAGUGUGGACAUGGCGGGGCUGCUGUGUGGGACCAAGAGGAAGAAACAAGUGAGUGAUCUCCAUGAGGAGGGGAAGAAUGCCAUCAACGCUCCCAUGCUUCCCACAGGCACAGACAUCCAUCCAGAGGACACGCUGCUGGAGGAAAACGCUGAGAGGAUCAUGUUGGACCCAACGUCGCGGGAAAAUCUGAAAUUUAAAGAUCUGCUGAAGGUCCUGAUUGACUGGAUCAACAGUGAGUUGGAGGAAGAUAGGAUCAUAGUCAAAGACCUGGAGGAGGACUGCUAUGAUGGACAGGUGCUCCAGAAGCUAUUUGAAAAGUUGUCUGGCAGGAAGCUGAACGUGGCCGAGGUCACCCAGUCCGAGAUCGGCCAAAAGCAGAAGCUUCAGACGGUUUUGGAGGCCGUCAACGAACUGCUGCGGCCUCACGGCUGGACUAUUGAGUGGAAUGUGGACUCGAUCCAUUCAAAGAACCUGGUGGCUAUUGUCUAUCUGCUGGUGGCUCUCGCGAUGCACUUCCAGGCGCCCAUCAGGCUGCCGGAGCAUGUCUCUGUGAAGGUGGUUGUCGUCAAGAAACGAGAGGGAAUCCUGCAGACUGCUCUUGUGACCAAGGAGCUGACGAGCACCACAGAAAUGAUGAUGGGAAGGUUUGAGAGGGACGCGUUUGACACUCUGUUGGAUCACGCACCAGACAAGCUCAACGUGGUGAAAACGUCUCUUAUCACCUUCGUGAACAAACACCUGAACAAGUUGAACCUGGAAGUUACUGAGCUGGAAUCUCAGUUUGCUGAUGGCGUGUACCUGAUAUUGCUGAUGGGGCUGCUAGAGGACUACUUUGUCCCUCUGUACAACUUCUUCCUCACCCCUGAGAACUUCGAACAGAAGGUCCACAAUGUGGCGUUUGCCUUUGAGCUGAUGCAGGAUGGAGGCCUGAAGAAACCCAAAGCCAGACCAGAAGAUGUUGUCAACCUGAACCUAAAAUCCACCCUCAGAGUCCUCUACAACCUGUUCACCAACUACAAAAACUCUGAGUGAACUUUUCCAGUUUCACCCCCUGAUGUUACUUAUGAAUGCUACCCUGUCCCUGUGCUGAUAUUAUGCGUGACGGUCUGGACGCUGGAGGAGACCAACUGGGACUGAAAGUCAUCAUUAUGUGGGACUUAUAAAGACCCACAGGGAGUAGCCUGAAAAAGGUCUGAAUGUUAGUUCUUUAUCUUCUCCAAAUGUCAGUAUUUAUUUAUUCCUUCCUUGAAUGUUAAAUUCAACCCAGGAAACUGCGACCUUUAGCCUGCAUUUGAAUACUCAGCCAUCACAGGAAUAAUGAAUGAGGGCAGGAUGUGAAAACUGCAAAACAUUUCCGUGUUAACUCCAGAAUAUUUAAGAAAGUUGAAAAUUUUAUUAUAUAUUAAUAGUAUCAAAAAUGAAUUUGUGUAAAUAUUAAAAGAAUAGUUUUGGGAAAGACACAUAUUUGCUUUCUUGCCAAGAGUUCGAUGAGAAGAUUGACACCGAGCUCAUCUUUGAAUGCUAAAUAUUAAACUAACUUUAGAGGCAGCUGCCGGUUAGCUUAGCUUAGCAUAAAAAGACCAGAAAUGGGGGAAACUGCUUGUCUGGUCCCGAUGAAAGAUUACACAAUCUGCGUAAAGCUCAUGUUUAACACAUUAUAUCCAUAGACGACAAUAACUGUGCACCAGAUAGAAAGGUAGUGAUACCUUUAUUUUAUAAGGAAAUCCGUGCCAUUAAACCUAUACAUCGUUUCAACGAAAUUGCAUUGCAAGGCAACAGCUUGGGUCCAUGUUUACUUCCAUUCAGUCGACUGAUUCCAUUCACAUACACUGGAACAAGGAAUAUAGUUCGUAGCACUGCAAAAGGAAAUAAACUGGGACUAAUUUGUAAUGUUUAGGUUUAUGACUGAAAUGGUUUAUAUACUGUACAUUUAAAAAUGCAAAUGUAUUUAUUGUAGCUCACUAAGCACAUCUAAUUGCAACAUAAUUGUCCAUCAGAGUCAAAAGCUGAGAUGGCGGUUACAUGCUAUUCUGUGUAUCGUUAGCAAUUGUUCAUCUUGCUCCAUCAUGACUGGAAUUAGCUAAUUUACUUAUGAUUAAAAAUUGUUUUCCUUUGUUUCCCCCUGCUUCCAUCUUAAUGCUAAGCUAAGCUCACCGGCGGAUGGCUGUAGCCCCAUAUUUGUGGACUCAUUGUCGGGUGUUAUUGAUCUUCUCCCGCAGACUAACUCUUGACAAGAAAGCAAAUGCGCAUUUUUCUCCAAACUAUUCCUUUAAGAAAGUUGAAAAUGCAAUGUAUUCUAUAAUAUCUGAAAAUACUUUGUAUAUUCUUACUACUACUGACAGCUGAAGGAACUGUGAACAGUCCUUCGUUUACUCUGAACUAUGCAGACCACAUCACAAGCCAUAUUUAAAAGCCAAUGCUGUUGCCUUAAGUGCAGCGGGCUCUCUCCGUCCCGGGAGAGCUCCAGUCAGAGUAUCUUCGUAUUCACGGGCCUUUCAGACGAGUCUCAGAGGAGGCCUGGACCACACAGUGCCCUCCUGAUGCAGAGCAUUUGCCCGCCGUGCCACCUGGAGACCUGCUAAGAUGUACAGUGCACGACUUGUGCAUUUCAGAGCCGGGUCUGAAUUAUUAAGAAAGUGGAUGAGUCAAUCUAAACCGUGCUUGCGCUGGAUGUCUCACCUCUGUGUGUGCUUUUUUUUAUUUUCAUCUUGCCUAUCAAGAAAUAAACGCCUGAAAUCAAA